AUGUCGAGCGCCAGCGGAGAUAACGGAGACAGUCCGCCGGAAUUGAUCCCGAAGAAUAGCGAUGAUGAGAGGGGUCAGCUCACGGAAGAGGAUCUGUUCCGGAUGAAAGAUUUGGCGACAGGCUCGGCGAAUCCAGCGUCCGAACAUGCCGAUCCUUCAAUCGUUUCGCUUGCCGAUUCGAGCAGCAACUUCGAUGAACAUAUCACUGACGAAUAUGACGACCUGGAAGAAGCGGGCACGGGUGGUCAAGAAAAGACCGAGCAGCAGCACCAGAGUCGUAUAUUUGGAGGCUUCAUGUUCGAACGCAAACGUCCGUUGCACAUUGAACUCCCUAGCACAGUAGAGAUAGCCAGGAAGAUG